UCCUGCAGGAGAAGACACAGAAGUUGAACCUGGAUCUCUCCACGAAGAAUCCGCGCUUUAAAUCAAACUGUCAAUGCCUCAUUACUUCUGGUGACACACGCGACAGCCAAUUUAUGUCAAUGUAGGAGGCAGAUCUCAGAAAUGACAAUGUUGGGUAUGUACGUGCCAGACAGAUUUUCCCUCAAAUCGUCUAAGGUCCAGGAUGGAAUCGGUCUUUACACAGCGAGGCGGGUGAAAAAGGGAGAAAAGUUUGGUCCAUUUGCUGGGGAGAAGAAGCUGCCGAGUGAACUGGACGAGAGCUCAGACACAAGGCUUAUGUGGGAGGUCCGCGGCAGCAAAGGAGAUGUUCUGUAUAUUUUGGACGCCAGUAACCCGCGUUAUGCCAACUGGCUGAGGUUCGUCCACCAGGCGCCUUCUCAAGAGCAGAAAAACUUGGCUGCAAUUCAGGAUGGAGAGAACAUCUUCUACCUGGCUGUGGACGACAUAGAGACAGACACGGAGCUCCUGAUUGGUUUCCUGGACAGUGACAUGGAGGAGGAGGAGGAAGAGGAGGAGGAAGAGGAUGCCAAGGAUGAAGAUGAGAACAGCAAAGAGCCAAAACAUCUUGUUGAGAUGGAACUGGUCAUAAAGAAGGAGGACCACCCCUGCUUGCUGUGUGAGAGCAGUUUUCCCAGUGAGGAGAUUUUGGCGGCGCACCUCCAGAGCCUGCACCAGAGGCCCAGCACGGAGGAGAAGGAGUUCAAAUGUAGAAACUGUGGCAAGAAAUUCCCCAUCAAACAAGCUCUGCAGCGCCAUGUUUUGCAUUGCUCUGAAUCGCUGGAUCCCACAAGCAACUCUAAAGCGCAUGAGUGUUCAUUGUGCCAUAACACUUUCAGCUCAGAGUCCAGUUAUGAGCAGCAUAAAGAAGCAUGUAAAGGAGACGCCAGGUUUAUUUGUAAAGCGGAAAGCUGUGGGAAGAGAUUCAAAAGUAAAGACGCCCUUAAGAAACAUAAAGGAAAUGUCCACUCAGGCAGUGCACGGCGGAAACUGACUUGCACCAUAUGUAGCAGGAAGUGCUCAUCUUCUCUGAACCUCCAGGACCAUCGGAAGAUACAUGAGAUAUUUGAGUGCCAUGACUGUGACAAAAAGUUUAUCUCCACGAAUCAGCUCAAACGCCACAUGAUCACACACUCGGAAAAGCGCCCGUACACGUGUGAGGUGUGUAAUCGUUCGUUCAAACGCCUGGACCAGGUCACAGCUCAUAAGAUCAUCCACAGUGAAGACAAACCAUACAAGUGUAAACUGUGUGGGAAAGAGUUCGCUCAUCGAAGCGUCUACAAGAAUCACAAGAAGACACACUCAGAGGAGCGGCCCUUUCAGUGUGAGGAGUGCAAAGCCUUAUUCAGGACCCCAUUUUCACUGCAGCGUCACCUACUCAUCCACAAUAGUGAGCGAACAUUCAAGUGUGACCAGUGCGAUGCCACGUUUAAGAGGAAGGACACUCUAAAUGUUCAUAUCCAGGUGGUGCAUGACGGACAUAAGAAAUACAAGUGCGACCUGUGUGAGAAGGCCUUUGUCACGCCAUCAGUGCUAAAGAGCCACAAGAAGACUCACACAGGAGAGAAGGAGAAGAUCUGCCCGUACUGUGGACAGAAGUUUGCCAGUAACGGCACUCUGAGGGUCCACAUCCGCAGCCACACAGGUGAGCGGCCGUAUCAGUGCCCCUACUGUGACAAGGCAUUUAGCAAGAACGACGGGCUCAAGAUGCACAUUCGAACACACACUCGGGAGAAGCCAUACAAAUGCACCGAAUGCAAUAAAGCCUUUAGCCAAAAGCGAGGCCUGGACGAGCACAUGAGGACACACACUGGAGAGAAGCCCUUCCAGUGUGAUGUGUGUGACUUGUCCUUCAGCCUGAAGAAGAUGCUGAGUCGACACAAACUCACUCACAACCCAAACCGUCCGAUGGCCGAGUGUCAGCUCUGCCACAAGAAGUUCACCAGGAACGACUACCUCAAAGUGCACAUGGAGAAUGUCCAUGGGGAGACGGAGAGCUAGGCCCAUACUUCAGCACAAACAUGCCUGAUGCCAAAGAUAAAGUUCACUCUCAUACUUCAUACGUGUCCUAUAUACACAGUAUGGAGAUGGAUAGAUAGCACAGAUGCAGCUAAUAUAAAUACAUGGAAAGCAUUAGGAUAAACAUAGUGAGCCAGUGCAUUUAUCAUUCCUCUUGUAAUGUUUAGAGUCACUGAGGAAUUUAAACCAGAAUGAUAUUAGAAAAAUCUACUUUAUCUAGAGUCGCUCAGU